AUGGACGAGGCGGAGGACGGCGACGAGGAGCCCAAAUUCCAGCAGGAUCAUGGGAGCAGCGGAGGAACCAACACGAAGAAAUUGACGCCAGGAGGCGGAGCCGCGUCCAUUGCGCGCAAAAACUCCAACAACAAUGAGCUGUGGCUCCUGAGAGGCGAGGACUCCGCACCUGUCAGUGCCAGUGGCAGCACCGCCUCUGCUCUGUUAUGCCAGAGGGAUGCUGCCGGCGGCUCAGAGUCGGAACCCAGAGGUGGAAGGGACACGGUCACAGAGGCGGGCGUAAUAGGAGCGGGGGCCAUCGGUAUGAUAUGCAACAAAAACGGAGACUGUAGAAGGGACCCGACCAGUUCAGGGAGCCUCUCCUCUCUCAUCUCAAGGCAGCAGACGCAGGCAGAUGGAGUAGCAGCAGCAGCAGCAGCUGAAGACGGCAAGGCUGCAGUCAUGGAUGGCUCUAUCACUUCAGCGGGGUCCCUGACACAGGGGCCCGGGGCCGAGGUCAAGACCGCGGCAGCGAUGGAGAAAAAGGACUCCAGAGUUUCCUUCUCCAAUGCACCGACUGGUAAAGGACAGACCUCGGGUCAGCAGUCGAGAAACUCUGUCACAUUCUCUAAAGCUGAGGAUGGCUCUCAGAUAGUGCCGGACGACGGAGACUCCAGGGGGAAUCAGACUUACAUGCAGCGGCAGUUUAGUUCCAUGCUUCAGCCCGGAGUUAACAAAUUCUCCCUGCGCAUGUUUGGCAGCCAGAAGGCGGUGGAGAAAGAACAAGAGCGCGUAAAGUCCGCGGGUAAUUGGAUUAUUCACCCAUACAGCGACUUCAGGUUCUACUGGGACUUCACCAUGCUGAUGUUCAUGGUGGGAAACCUGAUCAUCAUCCCUGUGGGCAUCACCUUCUUCAAGGACGAGACCACCACGCCCUGGAUCAUCUUCAACGUGGUUUCUGACACCUUCUUCCUCAUGGACCUGGUGCUGAACUUCAGGACCGGCAUUGUGUUCGAGGACAACACAGAGAUCAUCCUCGACCCCGAGAAGAUUAAGAGGAAGUACCUGAAGUCCUGGUUUGUGGUGGACUUUGUCUCCUCCAUACCCGUGGAUUAUAUCUUCCUCAUCGUGGAGAAAGGGAUCGACUCGGAGGUGUACAAGACGGCCCGGGCGCUCCGCAUCGUCCGCUUCACUAAGAUCCUCAGUCUGCUGCGGCUGCUGAGGCUGUCCAGACUCAUCCGGUACAUCCACCAAUGGGAGGAGAUCUUCCACAUGACCUAUGACCUGGCCAGUGCUGUGAUGCGAAUAUUCAACCUGAUUGGUAUGAUGCUGCUGCUGUGUCACUGGGAUGGCUGUCUCCAGUUCCUGGUUCCCAUGCUGCAGGACUUUCCGUCUGACUGCUGGGUCUCUCUCAACAAGAUGGUGAAUGACUCAUGGAGUGAGCUCUACUCCUUUGCCCUCUUUAAGGCCAUGAGCCACAUGCUGUGCAUUGGAUAUGGAAGACAAGCCCCAGAGAGCAUGUCGGACAUCUGGCUGACCAUGCUCAGUAUGAUUGUCGGAGCCACCUGCUACGCCAUGUUCAUCGGCCAUGCAACCGCUCUCAUCCAGUCUCUGGACUCAUCCAGACGGCAAUACCAAGAAAAGUACAAACAAGUGGAGCAGUACAUGUCGUUCCACAAACUACCAGCCGACUUCCGACAGAAAAUCCAUGACUACUAUGAGCACAGAUACCAGGGCAAGAUGUUUGAUGAAGAGAGCAUCCUGGAGGAGCUUAAUGAGCCUCUGCGCGAGGAAAUCGUCAACUUCAACUGCCGUAAGCUGGUGGCCUCCAUGCCACUGUUUGCCAACGCUGAUCCCAACUUUGUGACAGCCAUGCUGACCAAACUGAGAUUUGAAGUCUUCCAGCCCAAAGACUACAUUGUCAGAGAGGGCACCAUCGGCAAGAAGAUGUACUUCAUCCAGCACGGGGUGGUCACCGUCCUCACCAAAGGAAGCAUCGGCAUGAAGCUGAUGGAUGGAUCCUAUUUUGGUGAGAUCUGCCUGCUGACCCGUGGCAGACGGACGGCCAGUGUGCGAGCAGACACCUACUGUCGCCUGUACUCUCUCUCUGUGGACAAUUUCAAUGAGGUGCUGGAGGAGUAUCCCAUGAUGAGGAGGGCCUUUGAGACAGUUGCCAUUGACAGAUUGGACAGGAUAGGCAAGAAGAACUCAAUCCUGAUGCACAAAGUUCAGCAUGAUCUGAACUCGGGUGUUUUCAACAACCGCGAGAAUGAGAUGAUCCAGGAGAUAGUUAAAUAUGAUCGGGAGAUGGUUCAGCAAGUUGAUGUACCACGACCGCGGGCCAUGUCCAUGACACCUCCUCUACAUGGUGGGAUCUUUACUCAUACAGGUUCCUCCACCCAACCCCAGAAUUCAGCAAUUGCCACUCUGCAGCAGGCCGUAGCAAUGAACUUUUGUCCCCCCAUGCAAGGGAACUCAGUGGGAGCAGGAAACCUGCAGUCUCCCAGGAUGGUGAGAAGAUUCCAGGUAAUGGAAAACGUACCCAGCCCUGUCUCAGCCUCUCCACUGCAGUCUCAGCUCCUUGCUUCUGGUGCCUUUGCUCCUACCCUGUCCAGCCCACCUGUCCAGAGCCCGCUGGCAGUUGUAGGACGGUCAUUCCAGUAUGGAUCCAGUGGCCUAGCUGGUCCAACCUCAGGCUCCCAGCUUUCUCUAGCCCAGCAACACAUAGCCAGCCCUGCACACCGGCCCAGCACACAUAAGAGUACCCAUUCCUUGCAAAUGGGCAGUCUGAGCCAAGACGCUAGGGCGUUGUCAGCCUCUCAGCCCUCACUGCCUCAUGAGGGGGUGCAACCAGGUGCCCCUAGUCCGCCCCAGUCUACACGAGUCUCCUCCACGUCCAUUGGACCCCCUCAGACCCCAUCAGGGCACACGGGCAUCCGGAGUGCAAUACCACAUAGGGUGGUACUGCCCCACCAGAUGUCUGUGGGCGCCUUUCCUGUAGCAUCUCUGCCUGGUUCUGUGCAGGGUUUUGGGGCCGGUGCAGGUCUGGCAGUAGGGGGUGUGGGAACAGGUCUGGGGGACUCGGGACGACCCAAGAAGGACUCUAUAGUGAGCCUUCCUGAGACAGACCACAUCAAAGUCAGAUCCAGGCUAUCCUCAAACUUGUGAUCUUAAUGAAAUCUUCUUGACAGGUGACUCAAUGAGGGGCUUGACUGCAGGAACACAGGGGGGAUUUCUGCUCUUUCUCCUACAGUUCCUUUUCUCUCUAUCUGCUCCAGUUUGACUAUCCGAAUGUAUGAAUGUUGAGUGAGUGGCAGCAGGGAGACUGAGAGGAGACUGUUUUAACAUAAUAAAGUCUGUAUGGUGACUUUUAAAUCUGCAGCAUUGAGAUGUUUCUACUUACAGACAUAGCAGUUGCACAGAUAGUAGUAGUGGUAAAGUAGCAUCUUCCCAUCUCCAACUC